AUGCCUCAGAAAGAAUACCACAACCAAGCCACGUGGGAAUCUGGCGUUGCCUCAAUGAUGCAGAACAAGGUGUUUGACAUCUGUGAUGAAGGUCACAGUGGCGUGAACCAGCUCGGCGGUGUGUUUGUUAAUGGGAGACCGCUGCCGGAUUCCACAAGACAGAAAAUAGUUGAACUUGCUCACAGUGGCGCCCGACCCUGCGACAUCUCAAGAAUCCUGCAGACCGAUGAUGAAGUCCAAGUGCUGGACAGUGAAAAGGUAUCCAACGGCUGCGUGAGCAAGAUCCUGGGUAGAUACUACGAGACGGGCUCCAUAAGGCCGAGAGCGAUAGGCGGGAGCAAGCCCCGGGUCGCCACUCCGGAGGUAGUCGCCAAAAUCGCGCAGUAUAAACGAGAGUGCCCUAGUAUCUUCGCCUGGGAGAUCCGUGACAGACUUUUGUCGGAGGGGAUCUGCACCAACGACAAUAUACCCAGCGUGUCAUCGAUAAACAGAGUCCUCCGCAACCUGGCGAGUGAAAAGCAACAGAUGGGCGCAGAUGGCAUGUAUGACAAGCUGAGAAUGCUCAACGGUCAGACAGGAACUUGGGGGACCCGGCCAGGAUGGUACCCCGGAACAUCGGUGCCCGGACAACCCAAUCAAGAUGGCUGCCAACAACAAGACGGCGCAGGCGAGAACACAAAUUCCAUCAGCUCAAACGGAGAGGACUCGGAGGAGACACAGAUGCGCCUGCAGCUCAAGAGGAAACUCCAGAGAAACCGCACGUCUUUUACGCAAGAACAGAUUGAAGCGCUCGAAAAAGAAUUUGAAAGAACGCACUACCCAGACGUUUUUGCACGGGAAAGAUUAGCAGCCAAAAUCGACCUGCCUGAAGCAAGAAUACAAGUGUGGUUCUCUAACAGAAGAGCAAAGUGGAGGCGAGAGGAAAAACUGAGGAACCAGCGUCGCCAGGCAAAUAAUUCUUCAAGUCACAUUCCCAUCAGCAGCAGCUUCAGCACCAGUGUGUACCAGGCCAUUCCACAGCCCACCACACCCGUGUCUUUCACCUCGGGGUCAAUGCUGGGUAGACCUGACUCUGCACUAGCAAACUCCUACAGUGCACUGCCUCCUAUGCCCAGCUUCACUAUGGCCAACAACCUACCUAUGCAACCCAGCCAGACCUCCUCUUAUUCCUGCAUGCUGCCUACCAGUCCACCAGUGAACGGUCGGAGCUACGAAACAUACACGCCCCCUCAUAUGCAGGCACAUAUGAACAGCCAAUCAAUGACCACUUCUGGUCCCACCUCAACAGGACUCAUCUCUCCUGGAGUGUCUGUCCCUGUCCAAGUGCCAGGGAGCGAGCCUGACAUGUCUCAAUACUGGUCAAGAUUACAGUAG